ACCUGAGAGCCACGUCCCUAAGUACUGUAGGGAAGCUCUCGCAUUCUUUUUUCCACCCGGCAGAUUGUGCAUCUAGAAGGGCAAAGCGCGAAAGGCGCUCCAAUCCGUCAAGAUGUCUCAAAUCGCUUCCAAGAACAUUUACGAGCUGCUGGGCAAUGACCCCGAGCUCGACCCCAACAGGCCGGCUGACCCGCCAACGAGGGCAAUUGAGAAGCCCGUCAUGAGGCAUGGCAAGCGCGAUGGAUCCGACGCUCCCAAGUCCGUGCCCGAGAGGCAGAGCUACCAGACCCGUGCCAAGCAGACCGACAACGCCAACGAGAACGCUUUCCGGGAUCGCGGCGUAGGAUCUGACAAGAACCGCGGAAGGGGAUCUGGUGAGCCUACUGGCACUGGAGCCCGCGGUAACCAGCGCGGCCGUGGCCGUGGUGGACGCGGAGGUCGUGGUGGUUAUGCCCGUGCUGAGGGUGACCGUCACAGCAGGACCGGUAUCAGCGAACACGACAAGCAAGCUGCUCACGGCUGGGGCGGAAAGGACGGUGAUGCCGAGCUCGCUGACGAGCAGGCUGGCGAGGCCAUGGCUCAGGCUGAAGAGAAGGACGCCAUCAGGGAAGAUGCCGAGGGCGAGAACGUCGAGGCCGAGCCCGAGGACAAGUCCAAGUCCUACGCUGCCUACCUCGCUGAGAUGGCUGAGAAGAAGCUUUCUCUUGCCGCUCAGAACGUCCGCAAGCCCAACGAGGGCAGCAGCGCCAAGUUCCCCGAAGGCACCGCGCUCUCCCGCGAUGACCAAGAAGACUUCAUGGCCGGCGGACAGGGCAAGGCCAAGCGUGAGCGUGCGCGCAAGGAGAAGGUCCACGUUGAGCUCGACGGCGACCGCAUGCUUGCUCCUCCUCCCCGUGAGGGUGGUGGCCGAGGCGGCCGCGGCCGUGGCCGUGGCGAGUUCCGUGGCGGUGAGGGUCGUGGACGUGGAAAUGGUGAGGGACGCGGUCGCGGCGAGGGUCGUGGCGAGUUCCGCGGACGUGGCCGUGGCGGUGAAACGCGUGGACGUGGCGAGGGCCGUGGUCGUGGAGGCCGCGGUGGUGCUCAGGCCGGUCCCAACAUCACCGACUCAAGUGCCUUCCCCAGCCUGGGCGCAUAGAAAGCGCCCGCACUCAUUGCGGCCUGAAGACAGGACGUGUCUGCAUCCGACAGUGUGCGGUGGAUGAAAUGAACGAAUGAACAUCAAGGCUAUCUCACGACUGGACGAACAAACGGAGAGCUAAAGCACAAUACAAAUGGAUAUCUGAAAGAGAUGGCGGCGGGCUGAAAAUACUUACAUCUACCGGUACCCAAAAAUGUAGUCAACUUGAGCUCGACGUUUCUGUUCAUGUGUUUUUGAUUUCGCUGGCCUUGUCUGUUCUGUUCUGUUCUGUUUGUAGUAGCUUUGAGCGCUUUCCUCGAUGAACCAGUAUGACUGAAGAAAUCAAAAGAAGAAUUAUC